GUAAAUUCUCGCACUCUCCCUUGAGCAUCGACAGUUUGAGGGAUUGAAAUUUGCCCUGGCUCAUAAGAUUUGAUCAGCGCACAUUUCAAAUUUCUUCUUGUUCCCUUGCUUUUCGGCAAUGGCGCUCGUCGUCGAGAAGACUGUGACGGGGAGGGAAUACAAGGUGAAGGAUAUGUCGCAGGCGGACUUCGGUCGUAUGGAGUUGGAUCUGGCUGAAGUGGAGAUGCCGGGGCUCAUGGCCUGCCGGGUUGAGUACGGGCCCUCGCAGCCGUUUAAGGGUGCUCGCAUUACCGGCUCCCUCCAUAUGACCAUCCAGACUGCUGUGCUCAUCGAGACCCUCACGGCCCUCGGUGCUGAAGUCAGAUGGUGCUCCUGCAACAUUUUCUCUACUCAGGAUCAUGCGGCUGCAGCCAUUGCCCGUGACAGUGCAGCUGUGUUUGCAUGGAAAGGGGAGACCCUUCAGGAGUACUGGUGGUGCACAGAAAGGGCUUUGGAGUGGGGCCCUGGUGGUGGUCCAGAUCUGAUUGUGGAUGAUGGGGGAGAUGCUACACUGCUGAUUCACGAGGGGGUUAAGGCCGAGGAAGAGUAUGCGAAGUCUGGGAAGCUUCCAGACCCAGCAUCAACAACAAAUCCCGAGUUUCAGAUUGUUUUGGGAUUGAUAAAGGACGGCCUCAAGGAGGAUCCCCUCAAAUAUCACAAGAUGAAGGAUAGGUUGGUUGGUGUAUCCGAGGAAACGACUACUGGUGUUCACAGGCUGUACCAGAUGCAAAACAAUGGCACUUUGCUCUUCCCUGCCAUUAAUGUCAAUGAUUCUGUUACGAAGAGUAAGUUCGAUAACUUGUAUGGAUGCAGGCACUCUCUACCAGAUGGUCUGAUGAGAGCUACUGAUGUGAUGAUUGCUGGCAAGGUUGCUGUUGUUUGUGGAUAUGGAGAUGUUGGCAAGGGUUGCGCUGCAGCCAUGAAGGCUGCUGGAGCUAGGGUGAUUGUAACAGAGAUUGACCCCAUUUGUGCUUUACAAGCCCUUAUGGAAGGUAUUCCUGUUCUGACGCUGGAGGAUGUGUUAGAAACUGCUGAUAUCUUUGUGACAACUACAGGUAACAAGGAUAUCAUCAUGGUUGAUAACAUGAGGAUAAUGAAGAACAAUGCCAUUGUCUGCAACAUUGGUCACUUCGAUAAUGAAAUUGACAUGCAUGGACUUGAAACCUACCCUGGUGUCAAGAAGGUAACCAUCAAGCCUCAGACUGACCGGUGGGUGUUCCCUGAAACCAACAGCGGCAUCAUUGUCCUUGCAGAGGGACGUCUCAUGAACUUGGGUUGUGCUACCGGCCACCCAAGUUUUGUCAUGUCAUGUUCCUUCACAAAUCAGGUUAUCGCUCAGCUGGAGCUUUGGAAUGAGAGGAAAACAGGGAAGUAUGAGAAGAAGGUUUAUGUGCUCCCCAAGCAUUUAGAUGAGAAGGUGGCUGCUCUGCACUUGCCCAAGCUGGGUGCCAAACUAACAAAACUUUCCCCAGAUCAGGCUGCCUACAUCAAUGUGCCUAUCGAGGGUCCUUACAAGCCUGUCCACUACCGAUACUGAGCAAAGCAUGUCUUUGACAUGACUAAUUAGUGCAGGGCAGCUGUUUUGAGAAUAUGCUUAGGAAGCGAAGACUAUUCUUGGCUUCUUUAUUGCUUUCCUUAUACCUCUAAUAAAAGCAAGAGGUCUAUUCUACUGCAGGCAAAUCUGCUCUUUACUACGGCAUACCUCAUAUUAAACAAGAGGUCUGAUGUGUUUCAGGUGUAUCUGCUAGUUUACUUAAACAGCACCUUCAAUUUCUACUUUCCAGUUAUGUCAUAGAAUAGAAGAGUUCCGAUUUUAGAAUCUGUAUGCAUGACUUGUUCAUCGUUUGGGCUGCGAAGGCCGAAAUUCUUUAAUGGGAACACAGAAAUAUCAAAUAUAAUUCUUAUUUGUUUGUCUUA